CUAGGCAAUUUCCGAUUAAAUGACGACUGCUGUUGCGCUACUAUCAAAAUAGGGAACAUGACGGAGGAAAUCUAACUAUUGGUGCACUGAAAAUCCCCAUAAAUGCUGCGAUAGUAUAUCAGGUUCAGUGUGUGCGUCAGGUGUGGAUGGAGUCAGUGGCAUCUGAGAGCACCCAGCAUAGUUAUCACAGACAGGACAAUCCAAAGAAGUCCGUGUUCAGACCAACAGCCUGCACAUCGGCAGGCAGGGGGAGAAUGGUCAAGUACUUCUCUAACGACGUAGACAUCAGGACCACGUGGGACCAUGUUGUCUCUGCCUUCUGGCAGAGGUAUCCCAACCCAUUCAGCACCCAUGUUCUCACGGAGGACGUGGUGUUCCGUGAGGUGACGGCGGACCAGCAGCUUCUCUCCAGACGCCUGCUCACCAAGACCAAUCGAAUGCCUCGCUGGGCCGAGUUCCUCUUCCCCUCCAACCUAUCACGCUCCGUCUACAUCGUAGAGGACUCUGUCGUCAACCCUGUCACCAAGAGCCUCACCACGUACACCUGGAACCUCAACCACACUACGUUAAUGACGGUGGAGGAGCGAUGCGUGUUCCAGGAGUCAGAGGACCGGCCCGCCUUCACGCUGCUCAGACGAGAGGCCUGGAUCUCUUCUGGAGUCUACGGCUUCUCCAGACCUAUCCAGGAGUUUGGCUUGGCCCGCUUCAAGAGCAACCAGGUGAAGGCCAUGAAGGGCCUGGAGUACGCUCUGUCUAACUUACACGGAGAGGCACCCCAGCGUCAGCCCUGCGUCCGGGACACAGUGAAGACUGCUACAGAGAAAGCCAAGACCCUGGCCUCUGCCCCGCAGAAACAGCCCCAGCAGUACGUGUGACAACAGGGGAACAUCCACCGCUACCGGCUGGAACCAAGACUGGAAUGGGACACUGUGCACGCAGGGCAGGCACAAGCAACACAUUCACAUGCAACACACAGGCUGGCCAAUUCUGAUCUUUUUAAGAGCUGAUCUGAUUGGUCAAAAGACCAAUUUGUGAGGAAAAACAAAUCAGAAUUGAGCUGCGCAUGCACACACUCUUUUAGCUGGCUUUUCAUUGACUGGAAGCUUGCUUGUAUCAAGGUCUCGGUGUACAGUAUGUGUACAAUAUGUCCAUCUAAACCACGAACAGCUCUGCUCCUCUGGGGUUAGGCUCUGCUCCUCUUGUUUUCAUUAGCCUAGCAUUAAUACAUCUCAGGUACUGAGCCCCUGUCUGACCGCCUGCCACAACCUAGGGGCAUGUUCAAUAGGCACCAAACGCAAGAAAAUGUUCUCAAACUGAGGGAAACAGAUGCAAAAGUAUGUGGACAGCCCUUCAAAUUAGUGGAUUUGGCUAUUUCAGCCACACAUGUUGCUGACAGGUGUAUAAAACCAAGCACAGUCAUGCAAUCU